ACACAACUGUCAUUCUUGUCUCCUCUCUGCCUCUUUACUCUCUUAACAUUUUUGUUCCAAAAACACUUUUUUUAUUUUUUUAUUUUCCGUCCCUUUGCUUCUUCAUCUUCAUUAUGUUUCUCACAAAGCUUCCUUUUUUCUUCAUAACCACCAUUUCUAUAAUCUUUUCUUUAAACCCAGUUUCACCCACCACUGAGUUUGUCUUCAACACCAAUUUCAACUCCACAAACCUCUUGCUCUUCGGAAACGCUACCAUCCAAUCAUCCAUCCUUAGUCUCACCUAUGACUCCAUCACCUUUUCAAUGGGUCGUGCAUUGUACCCUCUCAAAAUCCCCACAAAACCCACAAACUCUUCUUCUUCCACAGGACUGCUUCCGUUCUCGACCUCCUUCAUCUUCUCUGUUGCUCCAGCUGAGCAUUUACUUCCUGGCCAUGGUUUUGCUUUCCUGUUCGUGCCUCUUCCCGGUAUGAAUGGCACUAGCCCUGCUCAGCAUCUGGGUCUUUUCAACUUCACCAAUGAUGGUAAGUCCAAUAACCAUGUUUUCGCUGUCGAAUUCGAUGUGUUUGAGAACCAAGAAUUCAAGGACAUUGAUGAUAACCAUGUUGGUUUGAAUGUUAACUCCCUUACUUCUGUUGCUUCACAUACUGCUGGGUAUUGGGAUGGUGCGGAAGAAUUCAAGGAGUUGGAGAUUGUUAGUGGCGUCAAUUAUCAGGUGUGGAUUGAGUUUUUGGAUUCGAGAAUUAAUGUGACUAUGGCUCCUGCAGGUAGUAGGAAGCCUAAGCGGCCAUUAAUAAGCGAGGUUGUUGAUCUUUCUAGUGUUCUUCUAGAUGAAAUGUAUGUGGGUUUUACAGGGGCAACUGGGCAAUUGGUUGAGAGUCAUAGGAUAUUAGCUUGGAGCUUCAGUAAUACCAAUUUCUCAAUUGGUGAUGCUUUGGUGACACAGAAUUUGCCUUCCUUUGUUGUUUCAAAAGGGUCGGUUUUUGGAUCAAAAGGGUUCAUUGCAGGUGUUUGUCUUGCUGGUAUUUUUCUACUGGUAGGAUCUGGGCUUUUGGUCGUUUGGUUUGUGGUUUUAAGGAGGAAGGGGAAAAAGAAGGAGGAUGAGGAAAUUGAAGAUUGGGAAUUGGAGUAUUGGCCACAUAGGAUUGAUAAUCAAGAGAUAUAUGCAGCAACGGAGGGAUUUUCGGAAAAAAAUGUGAUUGGUUUUGGAGGGAAUGGAAAGGUCUAUAAAGGGGUGUUGGCAGGAGGAAUAGAAGUUGCAGUGAAGAGAAUUUCACUCCAAAAUGAAGAUGGAAUGAGGGAGUUUUUGGCUGAGAUUUCAAGCUUAGGGAGAUUGAAGCACAGGAAUUUGGUAGGCCUAAGGGGUUGGUGUAAAAGUGAGAAAAGAAGCAUGGUUUUGGUUUAUGAUUAUAUGGAAAAUGGUAGCUUGGACAAGAGGAUAUUUGAAUGCAAAGAGAGUGUGAUGCUGAGUUGGGAACAAAGGAUUAAGGUUUUGAAAAAUGUAGCUUGCGGGGUUUUGUAUCUACAUGAGGGUUGGGAAGCCAAAGUCUUGCAUAGAGAUAUUAAGGCAAGCAAUGUGCUGCUUGAUAAAGAUAUGAAUGCUAGGUUGGGUGACUUUGGGUUAGCUAGAAUGCACCAUCAUGGAACAUUGUCUAGCACCACAACAAGAGUGGUUGGGACUGUUGGUUACAUGGCGCCAGAAGUGGUUCAAACCGGUCGAACCUCAGUGCAAACUGACGUGUAUGGUUUUGGAGUAUUGGUAUUAGAAGUAGUAUGUGGACGAAGACCGAUUGAGGAAGGAAAGCCAAGCUUGGUAGAUUGGUUAUGGAGGCUAAUGGAGAGGGGUGAACUUGUUUCUGCUCUUGAUGAGAGGUUGAAGACUAGGGGCGGAUAUAGCAUGGAGGAAGUGGAGAGAGUGCUUUAUUUGGGUUUGUUAUGUGUGAAUCCUGAAGCUCAAGGCAGGCCAACAAUGAGGGAGGUUGUGAAGGUAUUGGAGAUGAAAGCUGAUGCUGCUGAGACUAGUGAAGAUGAAGGAAUGGAGGUGAAUCUGCUCGAGAAAAUGAAAACAACCGCUAUGUUUUCUAAGUUCGGUAUAAACUUUGGUGGAAGGGGACAUCCUACAAUUGAGGAGAUUAGACAGUCACAUUCAUCUUCGAUAUCUCUUGGGAAUUCGGAUAUAAUCAGAGAGGGUAGAUGAAAAAACAAAAAAGUUUGUGAAAUUGGAAAUUAUAUUUGAUCACCUUUAUAAUCUGUUCACCAGAUUGAACCGUUAAACAAAAAUUCAUUCGUUCAUUCAUUUCUUCAUGUCUGCUCAAUACAGAGUUUUGUUCUGCCUAUGUAUCAUGUAUAUGUGUGCGUGUGUGUGUAUAUAUAUUAAAUUGGCGGCAGAUUUUCAGUUU